UAAGCGCCGUCAGCGUUCACUCCACCCUGAGCCUGGAGUGGCGCUGUGUGAUGACGUGCGCUGUUUGGUAGACACUGCUCUGCACUAGUUGCCGCCGCGGCUGGGGAUGGCGGACGCGGCGGCUGUGAGCGGAGAGGACAAAGAGGAGGAUGGAGGGAACAAAGCCGCCACGGCGGAGACCCUGGGCUUCUAUGAGAGGACCGACGGGAGAAGGGCGAAGGAGAAGAGGAGGAACCUGUCUGAUCUUUCCUUAUUCAGGUUCAUCAGUGCUGAACUCACCCGGGGUUAUUUCCUGGAACAUAAUGAAGCAAAAUACAGGGAAAGGAGAGAGCGGGUCUACACCUGCUUGAGAAUACCCAGAGAGCUGGAGAAGCUGAUGCUCUUUGGGUUCUUCCUGUGCCUCGAUGCUUUCUUGUAUGUUUUCACAUUACUCCCGCUGAGGGUCCUGCUGGCACUUAUCAGGCUCAUUACGCUGCCUUGUUGUGGAUUAAGUGAUGGUCGGUUGUUUCAGCCAGCACAGGUCUGUGACAUAUUGAAGGGAGUGAUACUAGUGAUAUGUUACUUCAUGAUGCACUAUGUGGACUACUCCAUGAUGUACCACCUCAUCAGAGGACAGUCAGUCAUCAAGCUUUAUAUCAUCUACAAUAUGCUUGAGGUGGCAGAUCGCCUCUUUUCAUCUUUUGGACAAGACAUUUUGGAUGCUUUGUACUGGACAGCCACUGAGCACAAGGAGAGAAAGCGGGCGCAUCUCGGUGUCAUCCCUCAUUUCUUCAUGGCCGUGUUGUACGUCUUUUUACAUGCAAUCCUGAUACUUGUGCAAGCCACCACUCUCAAUGUGGCCUUCAACUCUCACAACAAGUCCCUGCUCACCAUUAUGAUGUCUAACAAUUUUGUAGAGAUAAAGGGGAGCGUGUUCAAGAAGUUUGAAAAAAACAAUCUCUUCCAAAUGUCAAACAGCGACAUAAAAGAGAGAUUCACAAACUACGUGUUACUACUGAUUGUAUGUCUGCGAAACAUGGAGCAGUUCUCAUGGAAUCCAGAUCACCUCUGGGUGUUGUUUCCUGAUGUGUGUAUGGUAAUUGCAUCAGAGAUUGCCGUGGACGUCGUAAAACAUGCCUUUAUAACCAAGUUUAAUGACAUCACUGCGGAAGUGUACAGUGAAUACAGAGCCAGUCUUGCCUUUGAACUUGUGAGCAGCCGCCAGAAAAACGCCUACACUGACUACAGUGAUUCAGUCUCCAGGCGUAUGGGCUUUAUUCCUCUUCCUCUUGCUGUGCUU